GUAGACCGGUCUCUCACUCUCUCUACGAGUCGUCGUCGACCCCAGACGGCGCGAUCUUUCCGCCUUUGCAGUUCGAACCUUCAGCGAAGCAACGAUUUCGAGCGGCCGGACAAGAAUACCCCCACCACAGCCAUCCCCCGCCGGCGGAACGAACUCCAAUAAUUAAUUAGAUUUCCUCUUCUCGCUCAUUAUUUCCUUCUUUUUUUUUGAAAAAAAAAAGCAUACACCUCCUCUUCCGCACGGAACCGUAACAAGGGAGGAGGAGGAGGAGGAGGAGGAGGAGAGGAGGAGGAUGGGGUCGCCGAAGGGCGCGGUGCUCCCCGUCUCGGAUCCUCCGCGCGGCUCCGGCGGCGGCUCCGGCGGCGGCGACGACGCGCUCCUCUUCAAGGGAUCCGCCAUGACCCGGCGCGGCGCCUACGCCGCCCUCUCCUACAUGUCCUGCGCCGUUCUACUAGUGAUGUUCAACAAAGCUGCUUUGUCUUCGUAUAGUUUUCCAUGUGCUAAUGUUAUAACGCUCCUUCAGAUUAUCUGCUCGACCUGCAUUCUUUAUGCAAUGAGACGCUGGAAGAUAAUUUCUUUUACUGUUGCUGAACCUCGGACUGCAUCUGAUUCAGUAAACCUUGUGCCUCUUAGGACAUUGAUACAUACACUUCCCCUUUCUUUGGCGUACUUGCUUUACAUGAUAACGUCAAUGGAAUCCGUACGUGGAGUAAAUGUUCCCAUGUACACCACGCUAAGGCGUACUACAGUGCUAUUUACGUUGAUUGUGGAGUAUUUGUUGACGAAGCAAAAGUAUACAUCCCCUGUUCUUGGCAGUGUGGCUUUGAUAGUGUUUGGAGCUUUCGUUGCUGGCGCUCGAGACUUGUCAUUUGAUGCCUACGGCUAUGCCAUUGUCUUUCUGGCCAACAUUACAACUGCAAUGUAUCUUGCAACUAUAAACCGUAUUGGGAAAUCCAGCGGCCUCAAUAGCUUUGGUCUCAUGUGGUGUAAUGGAUUGGUUUGUGGACCAAUAUUAUUAAUCUGGACAUAUAUUCGGGGUGAUCUGGAGUUGACAAUGAAUUUUCCACAUCUAUACUCCCCAGGAUUUCAGGUUGUGAUGCUUCUUUCCUGCAUAUUGGCAUUUUUCUUGAAUUACAGCAUCUUUUUGAACACCACCCUGAAUUCCGCACUCACACAAACAAUGUGUGGUAAUCUGAAGGAUGUUUUUACUAUCGGGAUUGGCUGGGUAAUAUUUGGUGGUCUUCCUUUUGAUCUGCUGAACAUUAUCGGCCAAUGCCUUGGUUUUAUUGGCUCUGGUUUGUAUGCCUAUUGCAAACUCAAAGGGAAGUAACCAUGGUUGGUGGAUAACUAUUUAUUAUGCAUGGAAUUCUCCUAUUGGAGUUCCGACGCGGCCUUCAUGGCCAUCUGAUUGCUCCAGCCAUCAAUUUUUUUUUUCAAUUUGUUUUUAACUCUUUUUUGGUUGUAUUUAUAUAUCAUUUGGCCUUUGAUGUGCCAAUUGAUGGAUCGAUAGAAAGCGUAAUCCUUUGUUGGUUCAUUUUGCACUUACGUCGAUUUUGUAGAUUUCUUCUUCUUCUUUUUUUUUUUUUUUUUUUUUUUGUGAAUAAGCCUUUAUUCCUGUUCUUGAGAGCUAGUGUUCUUUCAAUGCUUGAAUAUUUAUGGAGCAAAUUUACUAUGGAGUUUAAUUAUUUUGAAUUAUGCUUGCA